AACGAGGAUUGUCCACGGUUCCGUUCUCUGUCAUCUCUUGGUCAUCUCGGUCUGUAGAGAUUGACAUACAGAACAUAGACUAUUUUUAUUCACGACCUCCUCGCUACGAGUACCUAUCGUCAUGUCGCACAGUUGCACUCGACGGUGCUCUACUCUCAAUAAUUGAGAACAGACCUCAAAGACGAGCGUAACGACAAUUGCGUCGGGAACCUCGGUGUCACUAGCCUCCGAGAACCCCGAAUCUUCUCACCGUGACUUAGGUCUUGCAUUGCGCCCCCCUUACACCUCCUCCAACAUGAAGCUCGACAAUCAAACUUACACGCUCUCAGAGAACAUAAAGAUUUCCUUCACUGACAAUGGUUCUCCAUCAAAUUCCGACGACUACACCACUCUUGUCAUCUUGCACGGAAGUGCUUUCAAUGGAUACGGUCUAGAAAAGCUUCACCACGUUUCGCAUUCACUCAAUCUUCGUACCGUCAUCUUGCAGCGACGUCAAUAUCCUGGUUCGACGCAAUACACCGACUCAGAGCUCGAAGAUCUCAGGCAAGGCCGGAAAGUCUUCCUCGACAGGAUUGGGAAGAAUAUGGCCGAGUUUCUACUACAGUUCAUCGAGAAAGAGAAGAUACCGAAAGCCAGUGAAGACAUGAAGAGAGGAGGUAUCGCGGUCAUGGCCUGGUCGAUGGGUACUCCUUCGGCAACGGCGCUGUUCUCCGAUCGAAAUAUUGUUCCUCGCAAGGAUUAUUUGGUUUUGGAGGACUACGUUAAAGAUCUCAUCUUCGAUGAUCCUCCUUAUCUAUGCUUUGGCUUCAAAUUACCUGACGAUCACCAGGCUUACGAUCCUUGGACCGACCCAGAGCUGAAGACUUUAUCAGAAAAAUUUGAGCAGUUUUCCAACUGGGCAACUUCGUACUUCGAUCACCCGAACCCUGAAACUGGCAAGCUUCAAGACAUGGAUCUAACAACGAAAGGAAGUAGCAAUGCGACCAUCUUGGAAUGGUCUCCGGAAGAGUUGCAGAAAUACUUCAAUAUGGAGGCAGCUGUAUCCUCUGAGUUUCCCAUGGUGGCUGAGCCGAUGCAAAAAACGCUCAGGGAAAUGGUAGAACGGGUCUUGUAUGAUGAGAACCUCAUUCAUUCGUACUUUCCUCGCGUGAAAGUUACUGUGGUUCACUGCUCGCAAUCACCUUGGCACUCUUACUGGUGUGCAAAGGAACUACAACGAACUUACGAUGAGCGUUUGUCGAAAGGAGGGAGUGCAAGGCCUUUGAAGAUCUACAAGGUGGUCGGGAACCAUAUGUUACACUGGGCAGCCCCGAAGCUUUUGCUGGAGGCGACGGUGGAAGGAAUGAGAAGGUAACCUUAUCGGGGAUAUGCGAAAUGAGUGCCCGGAUUAUUGUGAAUGGUGCCUCGUAUUUAGGAUAAUGGCCUAUGUCUGUGUAAAUCAAGGAGCUAUAUCUAUUUUACUCGUUGACGUCGAUAGAAUGAGCCUAUACAGCACGGAGUUAAU